UCAGCACUUUGGCAUAGGCUAGCAUUUCUAGAGCCACCUGCUGGCCUGUUAGCUGAGAUUCAGGCAUUUCUUGUAGAUUUUUUCUGAGAAGGUUAUCACUGGGUUUCACAGAAUGUUUUGUUUAUACCACAGAAGGAGGGUGGUCAAGGGUUAGUUAAUCUGGCCAGUAGAACAGCAGCAUUUAGACAGUGGAUUUAAAGGUUACUGUACGCAAGGGGUAGAAAUGUAUGGAGGCAGCUUGCUGAGGUCGUCCUGAGACAAACGUAGAAUUUAGGGUUUCCUCUGUUUCUGGUUGACCUCAGAACAGAAAAAGGAUGUGCCACCUUUUUACAAAUGUCUGCUAAGAGUGUGGGGGCAGAUGGAUGUGGUGAGAUCAUCCUCACUUGUAUCUGUGAAGUGGCUCCUGGAAGAGCUGUUGCUGUAUGGAGCACGGCUGGACACUAUCACGGCGGCUAUUCCAGGGCUAUCUGACCUUUUAAAAGUGGCUAGCCUUGUUACUUUAGGGCAACUGGUUGAGCUGGCAGGGAGGAACCUUACAGAGGCUGGGAAGUUGGCUGAGUGGAUGGGAAUGAGGUCGACAUGGGUGGCUGACCAGAUGCUGGAGCGGUAUAAGAGAGUCUUGACCACAGAAGACUGGAGGCUACUGCAGGAGGGGGAAGGUUGGGACACUGACAUGGAGGAGCUGUUUCCUAGGCUGCUGCUGGUACCUGCCACUGCAGGGAGAUUUAACUGCUCUACACUCUGCAGGCAGCCAGAGGCUAUACAGAAUUUAGUUCAAAGUGCUCAACAGAGACAGAUUGGGUAACAGGGUUGACACCCCCUGGAGGGCAAGCUUGGAGGUGGGGCCAGAGGUGCGGCCUGCAUGGACUGACUUGUAUAAACUGCCCUUGCUGAAGUAUGCAGGGGACUUGCUGUAGAGAGUUCUCCAUGGGGUUGUACCAGUCAAUGCAUUUGUUUUUCUCGUGAACCCCACAGUGGACAGGGGCUUCCCUUUCUGUGGUGUUAGAGAGACAAUUUCACUUUUAAAAGACUGUGUUUUAAAGACUGUGUUAGGCUGGGUCCCCUUUAAAGUAUGGUUAGCUCAUUGGUGGCUGCACUUGGGGAAGUCUUCACAGUUCUGGCGUUUAUUUUUGGUAUUCACAGCAGCAAGAAAAAAGAACAGUGGGCUGCAUUGUUAAUUACUUGUUGGGAGAGGCUGAGACGACUGUGUACCUCAGCAGGAAGAAGUAAAAACAGGUGUACAUCACUGAGCUGUUUGAAUCUGUUGUCAGAUUGAGAGUUGCCAUUGACUUUGAGUGUUAUAUAAGGAUGCAGGACAGUGUUUUUCAGGAUGGGUGGUGCCAUGGGGAGGUUGUGUGUAGUCUGGAGGAAGGAGAUGUAAUAUUUAACAACAUACUAAGCUGAUGGUGAUGCAAAUGGUUAUGUGUUUAUUUCUGUUUUGCAUUCUAUUGCUUUGUUCAAAUUUUUCUCCUUUCCUUUUUCUUUUUUAUGUUUGUUUUGCUUGUGUGUGUGUGUGUCUUGGUACUUGUUGUUCUUUUUGAUUUGGUGGUAUCUUUAUUUUGAUGUGCUGAAUGGUGGCAUACAGUAUAUUGUACAAUAAAGGUUUGUUAAAACUCAAAACUCUAACCAGUGGGAGGGCUCAGUCUGAUUCCCUCUCCCAGACAGAGCUGCCACAAUAUCGUAUGAAUUUUCUCAUCUUACAUUCCUGACAUAUAGAGCAAUAUUCUUUUUUUAAAUGCUGAUUGUAGUUAUUCCAAUACAUUUAAAAAAAAAAUUCUUUCAUGACUGUACCUGUGUGAAUUGAGCCUCCUGUUAUUAAACUGUGCGUAGUUAUAUUCCAUUUCAUUCAGACGCCUCCUCAAUCUGCCCAAUCCAGAGUGCCAUGGAUCUCCCUUCCCUCUGUCCAUACAAAUGAGCACAGCACAUCCAAAUCAACUAUGACCUCUGCGCCCAUCAAAUACACUGAAACCCCCCUGCAGUUUCGGGAUUGCCUGAGCCCCCACACAAGCAACUAUGUCAGCCAGACUGAGAACAGCUCCCAACAGCUACCCAUCGCUGGCAUAUUGUUGCCAGAGCUCCGGGGCAGUACGAAGAAGCAGAAUGGCGUCACUGUGGACAGCGAUGCACAGCACCAGAAGCACCGCCAGCAAGGUUUCCCCUGUGGAACAGAGAAGGGGACUGAGCUCCCUGAGGCAGGAGUGGUCCCAAGAGUGCAGGUGGGGGACUCCACAAAUAACUGUGCUGCAGAGAUGAGUUCCAGGACCCCUGAUGGCAGCAGGAUGGACAGAAGGUUGCCCCAUGUGAAAAUCAUAGGGCUACUCUGGCAGCCACCUGGCCACAACCCCACUGUGGACCUCUCUCUGCUCCGCUGUGCUGUGGAGGAGUGGAUCAUCACACUGAAGAUCGAGACUUCUUGGCUGAACAUUACCACUGAGGGGCUGAAGAAAGCGUUUUCCGAUCCUGAUCAUAAUGUUCGGCUGGAGGCCAUAGCAACCUGUGCCUUGAGGGCUGUAUAUGGGGCAAGAGUGGAUCAGGACCCUCCCAGCACUGUUGACCAUGUUCUGCAGCCCCUCCUGCUGUCUGCCCUGGAUGAUGACCAUGUGUGGGUUCAAAUGGCAGCUGCAGUGUGCCAGUAUGCCAUGGGCAUGCCAAGCCUGCAGGCCAGAGAAAUCCUUCAGAGUACACUCCAGAGAGGUGCAGAUGCAGAUAUUUGGCUGGCAGCACAGUGUCUGGCGGCAGGGGGAGGGACCAGUCUGCCUGUCAUACAGGUCCUCCUUUCCCGGCUCUUUGGGAGUGAGGUGCAGAGGGAACAGGAGCAGGCCACCGCACUUCUGGCCAACAUAAGCAGCAAGACUACUCUAGUGCGUACCCUGCUGGCCAAGGAGCUGAACUGCGCUAACUGGAGAAACCGAGUCCUGGCUUGCAAAACAAUUGCUCAGCUCAAGGGCCCCAUCAACAAAGACCUGGUGAACAAGCUGACGCAGCUCAUGUGGAAGGACUGCCACAGUGAGGCCCGGCAGGCCGCCGCCCAGACGCUGGGGGCACUAGGACGAGGCAGGGAGCUGCACAAUGAGCUGAGGGUGCAGCUGGAGGAGGGGCCGUCCUUACUGCGGGUGGAAGCUCUGGUCCUCCUGGCACAGCUGAAGAUCAUGACGCCCAGGCUACUGCCCAGCUUCCUGAGCUGCCUCCGGGAUGACUUUGCGGCCGUGCGGAAACAAGCCUGUUUGACCGCCGCUGCACUGUGCACGAAAGACCAGGCGAUUGUGAAUCAGCUUAUUGAGUUAAGUCAAGAUGAUCCAGUCUGGGGGGUUAAAGUUGCAGCUAUUGAUGCUCUGGGAGAGAUUGGCUGCCUGACUCCUCCCCUCCAGAAGAUCUUGCUGCUGGCCAUACAGUGUGAGAAGGAGCCUGAGGUCCGCAUUGCUGCCUGUGAGGCCAUCAGAAUCCUACGAGUUGACGUGCCAGAGCUGCAGCCCCUUUUACAGCAGCGCCUCCUGCUGGAGAAUCACCCGCAGGUCCACAGACACAUUGAGAGUCUCAUGAAAAGCUACGGUUUCCCAAUCGAAGGAGACGAGAACUUGGUCCUGAAAAUCAAAGACCAGGUUCAGAAGCUAUGCUCAAAGCGCAUCAUCACAGGGAAGGUGCUGCUGCUGGAGGAACUGCACGACUCACAGCAGCAACAGAAGCGUUUCCUAGGCCACAGUGCCCAGCCCGACUCCCCACCCCAAUCCAUGACUCAGCUGCUGCAGGCUCGCUGCAGGGAGCUGAACCACACCUCCUCUGCGGCCACCAUCUCCAGGGCCACAGAUAACAAUGCUGGGAUUCAGGUAUGCCUUGGCCCCGGUUUCUGCCACAGUCACAGGGUGUUCUAGCAUUAUGUUCAUGACAAGGGCUGUUGCUGUCGAGACCUUUUCUGUAAUAGAAUGUAGCCCCACUGACUCUCUGUUCUAAGUCUUUACAUUACACAUGCAAGCUCUCAGUAGCAUACUAAAUGGUAUUAAAUGGUGCUACUGGUGAGGUGUGCAAGUUGUGUAAGUCGCUCUGGAUAAGAGCAUCUGCUAAAUGCAUGCUAAAUACAAAGUAUUUGAGUGCACAAUACCAAUAAAACUGCAUACAUUUUGAGCACACUUUCACAUCAUCACCUUGCUAUUGUCUUUAGCCAAUACCAUUCAAAAGUUUGGAAUCAGAGGAAUUUUCAUGUUUUUGUAAGAAACGGACACUUUUACUCACCAAGGUAGCAUUAAAUUCAUAAAAUAAAUAUAGCCAAGACAAUACUAAUAAUUACUAUUCCCAUUUGAAAUAACUUCUAAUUCAAUCUUUACAUAUGCUUGCAAAGCCUCAUUUUCAGUAGCCAUUAUUGCAGUGUACCAACCUAAUCCUUAAGUAUUCAUGCUAAUGUGCCAAUUUGGCACUAGAGAAAGCACUCCCAUUAUAUUAAGCACAGCUGAAAACAAUUGUGCAGUUUAAUUAAACCAAAAAUAUCUUUCUUUCAGUUGCUACAGUAUCUAGUACACUGGCAUUUCUAAAGUUCAAUUUUAGUUUAAUAAAUGGCCAAAAAUAAAAUGCUUUCUCUAGAAAAUCAUCAGUCAAUUGUUUUGAGAGAUGAAGGCUAUUCCAUGCAUGAGAUUGCCCAGAAACAGAAUAUUUCGUACAAAGGUGUGCUCUUC